AUGCAUCCUGAACUUGAAGAGGACAGCGAGGAGGGGCAGGAGGACGAUCUAGACCUCGAUGAGCAGCACCCUUUCCCCAGUGACGAGUAUAUGGCCCUGGCAGACAGCCUCACGCAGCUUCACGUGGCCAACUUUGCUCCAGCAAGGCUCGCCGAGGCCGUUGCAGCUGCAGAGCACAUCUUCAAGGGCCGCAGGGGCAGGCUGCGCCAAGGCGACCUCGAGGCCGUGCGCAAGCUUCUGCGCGACGGCAUCGCCUUUGGGUUCGACAAGGUGCUGCGCGACCAGCACUUGUUCAGUACAUCCAACUCGAGCGAGGAGGAGGAGCUCUUCCAUGCGCUGCUGGCGCUGGUCGAGCUCGCUGCGAUGCUGCUCGAUAUGCGGGCAGCUGGCUGCGUUUCCUCGCAGGCGCCCCAGCAGCUGCAGCAGCAGCAGCCCCUUAAGGCGCAGCACUCACCGGCGGCCUCGCAGCUGGCUGAGCUGGAUGGCGAGCUGCUGCAGCUGGUGGGCCUCCUGGUGUCGCUGUUCAGCCGCGAAACGCCGUUGCACGACUACCAUCAGACCUCGGACCUGCCCCUGGACGGCGACCCAGGUCAAUGGCAGUGCAAGUGGGCGGAGCCCAUCAUUGCGGCAGAGAUGGGGCCGCGUGGAGGCUGGGCUCGGGGUGGCGGCGGCGGGGGUGGUGGUGCGCGCGGCGGGAUGAGCGACGGCGACGAGGACGAGGACGGGCUGUUUGAGGAGAGCGACCGGGAGCACGAGUGGCUUGUGCACCUGAUCAACCAUUUUGGAUACCAGGGCGGCUUCGACGCCAUCUACGUCUUGGUGACCUCCUUUCACGAGUGCAACCUAAACAUCCACAUGGUGGCAAGCCUCAUGCUUGUGCUGGCCAAGGUGGGGGAGCUCAUGCCCAGCCUGGUGCUCAAGCACUUCAGAGAGGCGUCGGCCACCUUCAUGGAGCGCCUGGCGCCGAUGGCCGCCGUUGACGACGAUUUCCUAUCAGAUCAGGGCCAGGACCGCACCUACCAGACGCUGCGCCACCUGCUGUACGCCGCCGGCGAGCUGAUGUCUGCGCAAGGCCACGAGCUGGCGGCCGACGAGGCGGCGGCACCAGUGCAGCAGGCGUUUGUGCUGCGCAUGAUGGAGUCGACAGCCUUCGUCAAGCAGCUCAGCGGCGUGAGGGAGCUGCGGUGGGCGCUGCGGCGCGUGACGAUGCUGCCGGACGGCGCGCCGAGGGAUGCGCGCGUUCAGGCAUUUGUUGAGUGGAUGGAAGAGAACCGCCUGGUCGAGCGCAUGCUGCGCGCCAACCUGCACCAGCGGCAGUACAUGCAGCAGGUCAACAUGAUACUCUGCGACCUGACCACCGUCGGCGCUCUGACCAACGCGCACCUGGACCAGCUUUGGGGCGUCACAGAGCAGGAGGGCACCUACGAGGGCGUCAAGGCGCACGUGUAUGAGGGACUGGCGGAGCUGGUGGCGGGCUUCAGCUCAGAGCAGGUGGACUUCCUGUUCAGCAAGAUGGCGGCGCGCCGCGAGCGCAGCGCCCUGGACACCUCGAAGCUGCUGGAGCUGCUGCACCGCCUGGCAAAGUCUGACGAGCAGUGCAACCUCGCCAGCCGCAUCAUGGGCCUCACGUGGGACAUCGCCCUCGCAACGGGCGCCCCGCGCACCGUCGUCGAGGCGGGCGCCAAGCAGCUGGCAGAGGUGGCGGCGGAGUACGCCGAGCGCAGCGGCAACACAGCCCACCUGGAGGGCCUGGUGAAGCGCUGCAUCAUUGAGCUGCGCGCUAGGCACAACCAUGUCCCCGCGGUCAAGAUACUGGUGCACACCGUGGAGUGCUGGGUGGCCGCCUGGAACCGGCAGCGGCGGAGGGACAACCUGGUGGACAAGCUGGAGGCGCAGUUGCACCUCAUAGACUUGCUCGUCAACAAUGUGGCAGUCAUAGCGCAGGAGGCGCGUGCCUUCCUCGCCCAGCAGCAGCAGACGCAGACGCAGACACAGGCGCAGCAGCAGGCUGCCGCCGCCACCGCCUCGCCCGUGGCGCCUGUGGCCUCGCCAGCUCCGCUGCCGCCGGGCGAGGGCGUGUGGAGCCACCUCGAUUUGGUGCAGUCGUACCUGGCGGCGCUGCAGCGGCUGUACGAGCGCAGCCAGUCCUACGUCCUCGCACAGGACGCCGACACCCUGUGGACCGAGCUGGUGCAGGGCGCCGCCACGCGGCCGGUGUUUGCGCGCGCGGUCGCGUUCUUCAGGGCGGCGGUGGCAAAGGACGCGAAGGACUCCUGGCUGGAGCAGAGCGAGAUCGCGGCGCUGCUGCGGCGCGUGCCGGCGCUGCCGCCGCAUCUCGUGACCAAGGAGGUCUUUUGGCUCACCUGGACCAUGUUCACGAUGGUGCACAAGGACCGCAUGUACUGCGAAGCCACCACCAACAGCAAUGGCGGGCGCCUCAUGUGGCUGCUGAGGACGUCGGACAACACCCCGGCGUCGGACAUUGAGGACCUGCCGCACUUCUGGGGGAUGUACGAGACUUGCACCAGCGACGCCGUGGCCAACCUGUGCCGCAAGAAGCUGCUCGAGCUCUACCACUGCACAGACAACCUCAUCUUCGACCAUGAGCAUUUCAGGGCCGCUUUCAUAGGGGAGGUCACGCUCCGGCUGGAAAGUGCAGUAGCUGACCUGGACAAGCACGACCUGCAGCAGCGAAUCCCGCAGCAGCAGCAACAGCAGCAGCAGCAGCAGCCGCAGCCGCCUGCCCCAGCGGCGCAUGCAGCUGCGCAGCGCGUGACAAGGAUCCUGGAAGUGAUAGGGCACGCCUUCUACGCCUGCGCGGAGGCGUCCAUGCCGUGUGUCCCCGCGCAUAAGCUGUCGUGGCAGGGCAGCCCUGUCAUGGUAGAUAUUCACGGGCAGCAGCAGCCGCGGAUGCGCCUGGCCAGCCACACCAAUGAGUAUGUGGGCUGCCUGCGCGCCAAGGUCGCGCACGCGAUGCUUGGUGGCGUGUCGCCCGCACGAGUGCGGCUCUUUCAAGCGGGCAAGGAGUUUGACAACGACUCGGUGACGGUGGGCGACCUGGACAUCCGCGGCACGCGUCAGGUGGUGACUGUCCAGCUGUCCAUGACGGACAACAAUUGCACGGUGCCGCUGGAGGAGAUGCGGCCCACGUGGGAGCAGCGCAGCCCCGAAUGGCUGCUGUCACGGCAGAAGAUGCCUACCAGCCCUGCCCUGGCAGCGCAGGUGCGAGCAGGGCUCGAGCAGCAGCAGCAGCAGCAGCAGCAGCAGCAGCAGCAGCAGCAGCAGCAGGAGCAGCAGCAGCAGCAGCAGCACCAGCGGCAGCAGCAGCAGCGGCAAUGCCAGCCGCUCGUGGAGCAGCACCAGCAACUUACGGGUCCACUCGAACGGGCGCUGGCCGGGGAGCCCAGCACCAGCAACGCUGGGAGCAGCCACAGCAGCAGCAUCAACGAUGGCGGGGGCGACAGCAGGGGCAGCAAUGGCAGUGUGUCACACGCCUACCAGGUGCUGUACAGGAUGCAGGCCCUGGCCGCCCUGCUCUUCCCCUCGGCCCUUGAACCGCCAUGCGAGCCCGACGCCGAGGGCGCCGGCUCGGCGGGGCGCCGCGCGCUGCAGGAGCGGUUCCUCGCGAGCGACGGCCUCCGGGUGGUGUGCGGGCUGGUGGACAGGCUGGUGGCGGCGCGGACUGGCGACGCGGCGCUGCUGCGGGAGCUGGGGCAGCUGGUGGUGGUGCUCAUCCACAACCUGAUGGACGCCGCCACGCCGAGGCCCUUGGCCGCCGGCCCGGCCCUGUCGCCCGUGGGCGCAGCCGGCCCAGCCGAGGCCGCAGCGGCCGCCAUCGCGGCGGAAGCCGUGGCCGCGGCGGCAGCGGCGGCAGAGGCGGAGAUGGGGGACAGCGCCAUGGCCGACGUCGAAGAAGCCAGCGACGCCGCUGCGGGGGGCGAGGCGGCGUUGGCGGUGGCCGCCGCUGCCGCUGCGGCGGGCGCGGGGCUGGGCAGCAGCAGCAAUGCAACGCCGGUGCGGCUCGCGGAGCUUGGGGCGUUAAAGGACGCAGACCGGGCUUCGCGGCCGGGGAGCGCCGAGUCUGACGAGACUGAGGCGGCUGCGGCGGUGGCAGGGGUUGGCACACAUCCGGCCAAGGCAGGCACCGGCCCCGCGGCCGCCGACGACAAGCAGCACGCGCCUGACCAGCGGCAGCAGCCGCUUACACUGCCGCCGCGUCUGCGCGCGCCGCCGCAGCCGGUGCAGCGGCCGGCGCGCGCCGCCGCGCCGCCGUCGCUGAGCCUGGAUGCAGCGACGCUGCGGCUCAUGUCGCGGACGCUGCUGCAGCUGGCUGUGCAGGGCGCGCGCCUCUGGGGCGCGCCGCCAGCACUGGCCGCGCCCGACCCCGACUCCGAUACCGGCUCGGACGUCGCGCUCGUGCGCGAGGCGCUGUCGCUGCUGCAGCGCGCGCUCGACCUGCGGCCCGAGCUGCUCGCGCCCCUGCUGGCGCCCGGCGGCGGCGGCGGCGCCAUCGUGACGGACCUGCUGCUCAGCCCGCACUACCAGGUUGUGCGUGCGGUGGCCGAGGACUCCCUCGCCCGCGUCUGCUGCGCCGCGCCCGAGCCGCUGGACUGGCUGCUGGCGCAGCUCUCCGCCGCGCGCCCGCUGGCCGCGGCGCGGCCGGGCGCCAGCGGGCAGUUCUACCGGCUGUUCGCGCGGGCUGUGCGUGCGCUGCAGGGCGUGGAGGGUGUGCCGCAGGGGGCGUAUCUGCGGGCGGAGGGGCUCCUGGCCGACGAGGUGGCGGCGCUGCAGGCGUUACCACCGGCGGGAGGCGAUGACGAGAAUGUUGCGCUCGAGGGCCGCCUGCAGCUGCUGCUGGCCCUCGUCACGACCCUCGACCGCCGCUGCGUGGGCGCGGGCCGCGAGGCGGGCCUGAUCCAGCUCCUCAUAUCAGAGUACCUCUUCCCGCAGGCCCGCCUCGCGCAGGACGAGCGCGCCGGCCGCCUCGUUCUCGCCCAGUGCGGCGCCCGCCUGCGCCCGCGCUGCGCGGCGCCCGGCGCGCGCCGCGCCGCGCUGGAGCUGGCGGCGGAGCUGAUGCGCGAGGGGACGGGGCCGCUGGAGGAGGGCGUGCGGUGCCUCGAGGCGCUGCUCGGCGCGGCGUCGCCCACCGAGUUCCACCUCGCGCCGCCCAAGCACGUGCGGCGGCCGGGGGACUACUGCGGCCUGCGCAACGCGGGCGCGACCUGCUACAUGAACGCCGUGUUCCAGCAGCUGUACAUGCAGCCCCGCAUCCGCGCGCUCAUCCUCGGCGCGCCAGAGGUCCCGGAGCCAGAGCGCCCAGACUCGGUGUUCGCGCAGCUGCAGGCGGUCUUUGCGUCGAUGGCGCUGGGGCUGGCGUCCUUCAUGACGCCGGACGGGUUCUGGCGGGCGUUCAAGGACUACGACGGGCAGCCCAUCGACACGCGGGAACACCAGGACGCCUACGAGUUCUUCACCAGGCUGCAGGACUGCGUCGACUCCCACCUCCAGAGCGUCAACUGCACGCCCGCGCUGCAGACCGUGAUGGGCGGCCGCUUUGCCCAGCAGGUCAUCUGCCGCGGCCUCCCGUACCGCAGCGAGCGCGAGGAGGAGUUCCUGCAGAUCAGCGUGGACGUGCGCGGCAUGGGGGGCCUGGAGAAGAGCCUCGAGAACUACGUCAAGGGCGAGCUGAUGGAGGGCGACAACGCCUACCUGUGCGAGGAGCUCGGACGCCGCGUCCCCGCGGUCAAGCGCGCCUGCAUCAAGGCGCUGCCCCAGGCCCUCGUCAUCCACCUGAAGCGCUUCGAGUUCGACUACCACAGCCAGACGCGCUUCAAGGUGCGGGACAGGUUUGAGUUCCCUGAGGAGCUGGACCUGUUCCCCUACACGGCAGACGGCCUCGCCGCCGCCGAGGCCGAGGCCGCCGCCGCCGCCGCCAGCGGCGACGGCGAGAACAGCGGCGAGGACGGCGGCGCGGGCGGGGCCGGCGGGCUGGGGCGGCAGUCGAGCACGGGCGAGGGCGCUGCCGGCGGCGUGGCGGCGGCGGCGGCGGUGGCGGUGGCGGCUCACCCCGACUUUGUGUACGACCUGGCGGGCGUGGUGGUGCACAGUGGCAGCGCGUUCACAGGCCACUACUACAGCUACGCCCGCGAACGCGAGGCGCUGGCUGCCGCCGCCGCCCACGGCGCCGCCGGCGCCGCUGCCCGGCGGCGCGGCGGGUGGUUCUGCUUUGACGACAAGAGCGUGCGCGGGUGGGACGUUUCGAACUUGGAGCAAGACUGCUAUGGUGGCAAGCCCAGCCAGGACUGGGCGAAUCGCGCGUUCCGCGCGCCGCGCAACGAAGUGGACCGGCCGCACAGCGCGUACAUGCUGUUCUAUGAGCGCCGCUGUGAGGCUCAGCUCAACGCCGAGGCGCUGCGGGAGCAGGGGCGCGGCGCCAACGAGCAGCAACAGCAGCAGCAGCAGCAGCAGCAGCAGCAGCAGCAGCAGCAGCAGCAGGACUGCGCCGCCGCCGACGCAGCCGCCGCCAACGGGGCGUUUGUGGCGCCGUGGGGCAUGCCGUUGUCCCUGUACCGGCAGGUGAUGCUGGCCAACAUCAGCAUCAUGAUGCAGGUCCACACCGUGGACAGGGAGUUUUUCAAGUUCAUCCGCACGCUGGUCGAAAACAGAGGCGACGUCGGCGGCCAGCUGUCGCAGCGCAAGGCGCGCCGCCGCGAGCUGCCGCCGCCGCUUGUGCUGCUGUCGCCCUCCGGGCCCGGCGGCGGCGGCGGCGGCGGCGGUGGUGUUGGUGGCGGUGGAGGCAGCAGCGGGCCCCCGGCUGCGGCAACCGUGAGCGGCGGCAGCGCCAUGAGCUGCGACCGCGCAGCGACGCCAAGCGCAGGUGUGGGGCCGUCGGACGCGCCGGCCGGCGGCGGCACUGGCGGCGGCGCCUACGAGCAGCUGCCGUCCCCGGGCCCCUCCAGCCGGCGAGGCGAGGAGGCGGAGCAGAUCGCGACUACGCUGGCGCGCCUGGCCCUGCGGUUCCAGCUGCAGCUGUACCAGCGCGCUGUCUCCGCCCUCCGCAGCGAUUCUGCGGUGUGGGCCGAGGCGAUCAAGAGCCUGCUGAACGCGGGCCCCGGGGCGCAGGCGUGCCAGCUGGCGGCGCUGCAGCUGCUGGACGCAAACCCUGCGUGGCUGCGGGACAUGCUGGUCGCAUCGCCCGACGCGCAGGCUCGCGAGUUUGUGGCCGACCUGGUCAGCUUCCUCAUGGUGCACGCCGCCGCGCGCAGCAACCUGCACCUGUGCCUGCCGGCAGCGCGCGCCGCCGCGGCGGCGGGCGAGAGCCUGCAGUCCGCCCUUGCCAGCGCGGCCGUGGCGCUGCCGCUUGCGGCCCCGCUGCUGCGCGUCGUAGACCGGCUGGCCGCGCUGCUGGUCACCACGGUCUCCCUCGCGGCGUCGCCCGACGCCGACGAGCAGUACGGAGUCGCCGCCGCCGCGUCGGUGCUGCGUGAGUAUGUCUGCAGCUCGCCUCCCGUGCACGGCGCGCUGCUGCUGACGCAGCGGCCCGACGUCGUGCUGGCGCUGGUGGAGCACAUGGCGGCGCUGUACAGCGGCGGCGUCGACGCACUGGACGACUUCCGGGACGACGCGCCCCCGGCGGCGCGGCUGCUCUACGCGCUGGCGGCGCGCGCGGGCAACUUGGAGCGCCUGACGCGGGAGCUCAACGCGGCCCAACCCCACUCGGGCGCCGCUGCGCCGGCACUCGGCGGCAAUCCGUACGCCGCUGCCGGGCGCGGGGCCGGUGGGCUGGUGGAGGGCGCGCUUGGGGCGCACGCAUUCAAGCGGCUCAACGACCCCGACGCGCUCGACGCCCUGACGGACCCUGCUGUGCUGAUCCACCACGACUGUGUGGCGCUGCUGCAGCUGCUGACCUGGGAGAACGCGCAGGCCACAGCAUACGUGGCUCCGCGCCUGAUCAUGGUUGCAGCGAGCCUGUCGGGCGCGCUGCUGCUGAGCUCGCUGCCGCUCAUCGCGGGCGCCGUGCGCGACGUCCUGGGUGUGCGUGACAGCCUCGUUGGCCACCGCGCGUGGGCCGUGCUCGCGCCGUGCCCGGGCUAUGUUGCUGGUGGCCUCGUCGCCGCCGUGCUUGAGGGCCCCAGCCAGGGCUGGUGCGCGGUGCGCAAGAUGCUUCUCAUCGCCGCCGCCGAUGCCGCGCUGCGCGUGGUGCCGCUCCAGGCAGCCCUCGUGCUGGUCAGCCAGGCGACAGCACACUACAUGCGCGGCGGUGCGGCAGCUCUCGCCCAGGAGCUGGGGACCCUGGAGGCCGAGCUGCUGGCGAUGGAGGUUUCUGACCAACAGGGCUUCGCACAGAUGAUCAAACCGCACCUGACGGCUGUCGCCUACCUCAAGGCGCUGGCUCAAAUGUCCGUGGGACAGCAGCAGCAGCAGCAGCAGCAACAGCAACAGAAUCAGCUUGCGGCAGCUGCUGCGGCGAUUGUUGUGCAGCAGCAGCAGCAGCAGGAGCAGCAGCAGCAGGAGCAGCAGCAGCAGCAGCAGGAGCAGCAGCAGCAGCAGCAGCAGCAGCAGCGCCAGCAGCGGCUGUCCAUGCAGCAGCAGCAGCAGCAGCCGUUGUCGCAAGCAGUGGCCGCAGAUGAUGAACAAGGAAGCCUGACGCUGCGGCAUCACAAUGCCCCCGGCAGUGACCCAGGCAGCAGCGACGAUGGCGGGGGCAGUGCAGGCCGCGAGGCCCCCGCUGACAACUGA